CAGGCUGGACAGAAGCCAUAUUCAUGUUCCACAUUUCGUGAUUGUUUUGUGUAUUCUUCAGCAUUGAUCCAACAUGAGAAGGUUCACACUGGAGAGAGGAGGUAUUGGUGUUGUCAGUGUGGCAAAACUUUUACACAGAAGUCAAACCUCAUCCGACAUGAGAGGGUUCACGCUGGGGAGAAGCCAUUUCAGUGUUCUGAAUGUGACAAAGCUUUUUUAUUGAAGUCAGAUCUUCAUAGACAUAAGAUGGUUCACAUUGGAUCAAAACCGUUUCAGUGUUCUGAAUGUGGCAAAGCUUUUACACAGAGGUCACAACUUAUCAGACACCAAAGAGUUCACACCGGAGAGAAGCCCUAUCAGUGUUCUGAAUGUAACAAAGCUUUUAUAGAGAAGGCCAAUCUUAUUAUACACCUGAGGGAACAUACUGGUGAAGAGCCAUUUCAGUGUUCUGAAUGUGACAAAGCUUUUACAGUGAAGUCUAAGCUCCUCAGACACGAGAGGGUCCACACUGGGGUGAAGCCAUUUCAUUGUUCAGAAUGUGAUAAACACGAGAGGGUUCACACUGGAGAGAAGCCGUACACGUGUUCUGAAUGUGACAAAGCUUUUACCGAGAAGGCACAACUUAUCCUACAUGAGAGGAACCACACCGGAGAGAAGCCGUAUCGGUGCUUCGAAUGUGACAAAGCUUUUAAAAUGAAGUCUGAUCUUGUUAAUCACCAGAGGGUUCACACCGGAGAGAAGCCAUAUCAGUGUUUGGAAUGUGACAAAGCUUUUACACGGAGGUCAAACCUUGUCAGACACCAGAAGGUUCACACGGGAGAGAAACCAUUUCAGUGUUCUGAAUGUGCUAAAGCUUUUGUUGUGAAGUCAAACCUCAUGAGACAUGUGAGGGUCCACACUGGAGAGAGGCCGUAUCAAUGCUCUGAAUGUGAUAUCACUUUUACAGUGAAAUCAAACCUUAUUAGACACUUGAAGGUUCACAGUGGAGGGAAAUUGUGUUCUGACAAAGCUCAUCGGGCACUGGAGGUCUCAUUGUCUUCAUCCUCAGAUGCAGAGAGGACAUUCUAG